UCGCCAUUUUGACUUUGUGGCUGUAGUAACCAGUGAAAACCAUUUCCGCGGGUUGAGUCGCCAUUCUUUACGUUUUUUGUACGUUUGGAAGUUCUCUCCGCUAGUCAGCAAGUAGUUGUUUAGUGAUUAGACAAAUGUACAGACUGUCAAACAAGAUCGAAUCUUUUCCUACGAGAAGCUGAAUAAUAUUACGAAGAAAUAGCUACAAUCUGAUCCAGUGUAAGCUUCACGGAGGAUAAUCUGAGCGGGAAUAAAUUGGUGGUGUCCCUCAUCAAAAGCUAAAAAUGAUCACCAGACGAAGAGGUCGUUCAGACAACACCAAUGUGGAGGUGCACUCUUCAACUUGUCCUUUUGAUGUUGAAGUCACUGACUUUGUUGAAAUGAUAGAAAAUGUUAAAACGAGUCCCUCUGAAGAAAUUCAGUCAGAGAAUGGGGAUAGUACAGUUGGAUUAGAGCUGGAUGAUUUAUUUGGAAUCGACGAGUUACACUGGACAUUUGAGAAGGAUGCAGUCUCCCCUCUUUUCGACAUUGGAUUGGCUGAAUUAGGUGUGGGGGACACAACAGAUCAAGAUUUUUGGAUUGGCACAUCCAGAACCCCAUCGCCCGAAGGAGUGUCUGCUGUUCAGAAAAGGAAGGGGAGAGAUGACCUGUCUGGGCACAUGAUCAACAAAAACGCUGUCGCUGCGCGAAUUAAUCGUCUGAAAAAGAAGGAAUACGUGAACGGGCUGGAAAAUAAAGUCGGGUCUCUGUCGUCAGAAAACCGCAUACUCAAACAGGAAAACGUCCAAUUGAAUAAGAGGGUAGAAGAGUUGGAAGAUGAGACGAGGUACCUGAGAGCUGUGUUGGCCAACGAGAGCAUGUUAGCCCAGCUGUUGUCAAGGCUGAGCGGUGUGAACGGCAUGAAAUUAUCUUCCUCGCUUUUCCAGGGGUCCAACAAGAAUGAUGACCACGAUUAUGCCUUGCCCCGGAAACGUGUGAAGGUGGAGGAAAAGGAGACCUCUGGUGGCAUCUGUCUGCACGUGGACAAGAACAACGUCUCAGUGGAGUUCUGCACUAAGUGUGCAGAGAGUGCAAGCGCAUCACUCAAAAUUUUUCUUCUAGGUGAUGAUUGUUCUACCAUGCUGGAUGAAUGGGUUACAGAGCGUCCCUGUCUGCUUGGCUCCAUGUGGAUUCUGCUGUUCGGGAAGCUGAAGAGGCGGGACCCGCUGCUGCCAACUUGGCCUGGUAUUUUUUUAAAGGUAGUAUAACAAAGGGUGUAAGUGUCUACAUUUAACCAGUAUCCCGUAACACCUUCUUUGUAAAAAGUAGUGAAUUUAGAAUAUAUUGUGGAUGACAAGUGUUCCACUACCUAUUACAUUGACAAUAUUAGAGGUACUAUAACGGUUUGUUCACAAGUUUAACUUGACUUGUUGACACAUUGGUAUGUAACCCAGUUGUUUAAAAAACUAGUCAAACUAUCUUGUUAUCGAUGUGAUCCUGAUAGAAAUGGACAUCACCAAUUUUGUAUAAAGUGACAAUCUUAAAGAAUGUUAUGUAAAAUACAAAGAUGUUGUGGCAACUUUUUUUUUCUAAAUGAGAACAAUGUUUCAGGAACAUGGAUAUGAUUGACAAUAAAUCUUAUUUUGAUUA